GUCCUCGGAAGCAAAAUGGCUCCACAUAUUCAUGGUAAACUCGGUUAAAUCAGCUUUUGAAAAACUGAAAAAAUGACCGAUUCUGAUGAGGAAACGACAACAGACCAUCAGCUUAAGUUUGUUCUUUUAGGUGAUGGUGCAUCGGGCAAGGUAAGGGUAAUAAUUGAGUUCAGGGAUCAUUUUUCAGUCCGUUCGAAGGCCUCUAAUUCGAAUUAUCUUCGAGAAUUUGGUUUACAAGUGGGCUGAAAACUUCCCUUUAAAUAAGCUAGUUGUGAUACUCUUUCCUUUGCAGACAUCAAUAUGUGUAAGAUAUUCUCAGGAGAACUUUGACAAAGCUUACAAACAGACCCUAGGACUGGAUUUCUUUCUGGGAAGAAUUGUUUUACCAGGUUCGUUUCGAAACUUGAAAUCUGUUGUAGAACAGGUGCUAUUGCUUCGGCCUUAUCACGUCUUUUUUCACAAUUUAUUGCCCACUGCUGCUUUUUUUAGGGAAUGUCCACGUCACGUUACAAGUAUGGGAUAUUGGAGGCCAAACCCUCGGUGGAAAAAUGUUAGACAAAUAUAUUUAUGGCGCUCAUGUAAGUAUGAUAAAGCAAGCAAAGCAUAUGAGCUGAAUUGAAAAGUAACCCUUUCCUAUUGAUGUAUUUAUCCUUCAAAGUUCGUUACUCUCAAGUGGUGUUGAGUGAUUCCAAUUUAAGUCUUUAGGGUCAGAGAAAAGAGAAAUAAAAUCAUAUGUAUUUAAACUUGUUAAUUUAGGUUUUUUGUUGGUAGAACUGUGAUAAAGGUAGGCUUAAAUGUAGUUUCUGAUAGAUGUCAGUCUCAAAAUCUAACCCAUAAAAGAACCAAAUAAUUUUACUACCAUGAAUGAUGAUAACAAUUAUGAUAAGUGCUAAAUGGUUGGUAGUCAGUAAGGAGGAUUUAUUUCACGUUCUUGAAUAACCAAGAUACUAACAUGACCUUGAAACAAUGGACAUGAGGAGCUACCUCGUGGAUUGUCCACUGUUAAAAUAUUACUAUUAUUAUCAUCAUUAUUAUUAUCAUCAUCGUUGUCAUUGUCGUCGUUGUCAUCAUCAUCAUCAUCACUAUUAUCUAUCAUGUAAAUUGUCAUGGUGACCAUAUGUGCUAUUCUUCUGUAGGCUGUGCUACUGGUGUAUGACGUAACAAACCAGGAUAGUUUUGAUAACCUUGAAGACUGGUUUGAUACUGUGAAAAAGCUUUGUGAGAAAGAUGGCUCUCGAUUACCUCAUAUAGCACUUGUAGCUAAUAAAGGUAAGUGAUAUGUAAUGGUUUUGUUGAGUUAUUUUGGAUAAAAAGAGAUGUGUUUGUUCAUCUCUGUUGUGAAGAUAAAUUAAUAUUUUUUAUCUGCAACACAAUUAAGAGCCAUCAUCAUUGAUAGUCAAAGUGACAAUUGACAAUCACAGAAUUUUGCCUAAUACUCUGAUUACUUAGAAGGUGAAUAAUCAAGCUUCUAUGGAGAAUAUUCCAGUUAAGUUUUGUUUUGGUCUGAGUCCUCUUUAUUAACAGGGAUGCAAAAAAUUCUUCUGUUACUUGGCACUUUUUUUUUUUUUUUUUUUGGCGGUGACUUUUGCUUAGGGUUAGGCUUAGGGUUAGGUUGACUAACAUUUAUUUAAUUUUUUGAACUUUUUUACUGCCUAUUAUCAUCAGGCCACUGACAAAGAGCAACAGUACAGCUGUCAAAACAUCAUAAACCUCAACUGACACCUUGACUUUACAAUUGACAGUGACAACUUUAAGUUGUGAGACAAAUGAUUUAACAGCCAUGUUUAUCAUUUCUAAUUAUGUUUGCCUAUAGAUCUGCCAAUUUGUUACUUUUUGUUUACUGAUUUGUAAUGUAUUUCAUCACACUUCCAGUUACAAUUUAACCCUUUACACCCCAACAUUAGCAGGAAAAUUCUCCAUACUCUUCUCUAUCCAAUUCUAAGUUGCUUUAAGGAGAAUUUGUUGAAAGAUCAAGGACUGCUUUUGUUGGUUAUUGUUUCCCUUAUUCUUUUGAUCCUAAUGUGCAAUUCAUGGGUGAUAUUGUGAGGAGACUUUAGAUGUUAGGCACUCUGAUGGGUCAAUGGGUUAGGAGACAUAUCAGUGAUUUUUUCCUCUAACAUUUUUUACCAUCCCUUUAGUGGACCUGGAGCAUCUAAGAGUGGUCAGAUCAGACAAACAUGGGAAAUUUGCUCAGGAGCAUGGGUUGUCCAGGUAAGAAUCUGGAGUCUCAGGGUGUUUCACUCUGCCUCUCUCCCUAGUUACUAGUGGUUUUUUAGUUUUUUUCAUCAUUUUAAUGCCUGAUGUGCAAUCCAGCAUUUAAACCUUUGGCACAGGUGAAAUGAGUUCUUUUAAUUUUUAGUGGAAUUAAGGUACUGUUAUUUUUUGUUUUUAGUUACUACGUAUCUGCCAAGACAGCAGACCAGGUUAGUUGCUCUGUAUAAAAAGAUAAAAAAUCAAAGUUCAAAUGUUAUGCCCGUUGAAAUUGAUUUUAUACUGUUUUCAGAACUGAUAACGAGUACAUACAUCUUUCACAAGUGUGAUGACAGUAAACAUUGUACUUUAUUAUAUACAGAUCAGCCUCUGCUUUCAAAAAAUAGCUGCAGAAGUAUUAGGAAUACGACUAACAAAGAAUGAAAUGGAGCAACAAUCUGUAUCCUUUAAAAACUGUUAUGCAAAUGUAUUAUGUCCAUUAAAUACUUAUGAAGAUUGGUAGAUCAUAAGAGUAACUGUUUGUUAGAUUAGGAUUUAGUGAUGUUACCAUCUGAUCACAUUUCAGAACCUUGUGUGUUGUCUGUGUGUUGCGUUGCCAACAAAUCAUAUAAUCUUAUAGUCUUUGCAAUAUUUUAUUACAGUUUCCAGUAUGUUUUUAUCAUUUAGGUGUAUUGAGAGGACAAUUGGUAAGAAUGUGUUUUUCAUUUCUGGUCCCAUUUUCAUUGGUUUUCCUUGUGCUUGUCGAUUUGUCACACAGCUGUUGUUCAGCUAUUUCUUCCAUAUUGCUUGGAUUAUAAUUUAUGUUCAUAUUUUAGUUUGAGAGUAUUGAACUUGAAAUCAGUCCAGCCAUAUUGUCAUAGACAGAACUUUUAAUUUGUGACUUCAAAUGCCUGAAGCUACCACUAGCUUUUCUUGCUUAAGUCUCCAGUUGCAUGGUUUUGAUAUUGAGAGUUAGGCUGAAUGAGGAGUUGUGGUUUGCCAUUUUCCUUGACACUGGUCUUAACAUACAGAGAGUCAUUAAGGCUGACAUCAUACAGUAUGGAAAUCAUGAAAUGCCUUCAAGAGCAACACCAUCCCAAACCAAGAGUUCCUUCUGCUCUGUUCAGUAGUUACUGUAGAUACUUGUCAUAAGUAAUUUCAUAUUAGACCAGAUUAAUUUGUAGUGGACAGCUGACAGGGUAAUGUUCUGCACUCUGUUAAAAACUUACUGUACCAAAGGUUUUCAUUGUAAUUUAUAUUCCUAUUGUAAUUGAGAGGUAAAAAAUCAGAGGAUUUAGCAUUCUUGUGGUUUGAAAAGAAAGUAGACCAAGCUCUGAGAUUGAUCCCACUAUCUUCUCAUUUGACAGGAAAUUAUGAGUAACCCUUUCACUCCCAAGAUCUCAUUAGUAAUUUUCCUUACUGUCUUCCAUACAAGUGUUGUACUGUUACUGUUUACUAGAUAAUUUUAUACUGAAUGAACUUAUUAUCACCAUAUAAUUUUUUUUAUUCCUAUCUCCUGUCUGCUUGAUAUUGUAUUAAUAUUGCACGGAGAAAUUCUGUGUCUGUCACUCAUAGAAGUUUAAAGGUUCUAGAGACUCAACAUAAUGGUCACACACCAAAAAUUUCUUAGUAUGAUAUGAAAUCAAUCUCUUUCAGUUGGUGCUGUAAGAGUUGAAGUGUGUAGAUGCCAGUCGAGAUAAUUGAAAAAAUAAUAAUGUUAGGGCUGAAUGGUAGAGUUGAUGAAUGCUCUAGAAACCUUUUUUCAAUCUCCAUCAUGAAAAAGUAGACUGAAUGAAUAUGACACUGACAGGGCUUUGACUAUUGACACCAGGGGUUUGGGUCUUGCUUAGCAGUAUCACUGCAUCCUGUGAUGUAACCAGCCUCACACCUCUUUCACUCAUUAACCCUUUAACUCUCAGAUCAGAUUGUAAUUCUCCCUACUGUCAACCAUACAAUUCAUGUAAUGUUAGUCCAGAGAAUUUAGUAUUGGAUCAACUAAUUGACCCCAAAUUGAUAUUUUUCUUUAUUCUCUUCACUUAUCUGGUUGACAUUGUAUUGAUAUUGUAAGUAGAAAUUCUUCUGUGGUCACUCAUGGGAGUUAAAGGGUUAAGAAGUCAUAUUGAUUUCUGCCGCAUUGCAUUUUUCUAUUGGGAACAUUCACAAUGCAGGAGUGGGACACCAGGCUUCAAUUUUCAUGGAAACCAGUCUUGAAAUCAAUGAAGUGUACAAGGGUAUGAAGUAGACUGACUUUCACAGGCUUUCACAUCCUCCUAGAUCUAAAUAGUUUAAGUGUUAACUGACUGCAUGUAAUAUAUAUCUAGAUUUUAUACUUUGAGUUAAAUUUUGUGAUUAUCAUUUUCCCAGUUAAUGUGGUGUAGGAGCAAUAUUAUCCUGUCUUCUUUUGGCGUACAGUGUACAGUUUUAAUAUAUCCUUAAAAUGUGUGCAUUGAAAGUUAAUAAACAUUCAACGUGGACUCUGAUGCCAUUACAGACUAUCUUUGACCCAUUCUACU